UAAACAUGUUGCAAACAUGUAGCUAGAGAGUUGACACUGCAACCCUCUCUCUCAUUGGGGGAGCAAUGUGUGAACACAGGCUGCUAAAGCCUCCGGCCGCUUCCUCAUGACAUCACAUGGUUGCAGAAUGACUUCUCUAACGUUCAUCUGUGAGGCGAGACUUCCGAAACACAGAGCACGGCCAGUGGUCUGUUGAUACUGAGAGUGGAAAAAGGCUUCACUUUCCUGUGCUCUGCAUUUGUGAAAGGACCUGCAACCAGUUUUGAGAGUAUUCAUUAGCCACAAAAAGUUAUCAGUGAUCUCAUCAUCUAAUGCUACUUCCUGUCUCUGUCGUCAUGGUGACUGUAAGAGCCCCAAAGCACAGGAUGCAGGGCUUGUGAGGACGCCUAAUGUCUGAUUCCACUCCUGACUGCAACUGAAGUACAUGCAACAAACACACCGUGCUGCUCCUUAUAGAAUCCCAGACAUGGAAGAGAAAGGCAGGGUGAACGGCUUUGGCCUGAGCCCAGGGAGGAGGCGCUCAGACUGGGGUCAAAUCGCCCUCCGGGACAAGACCAAGGAGUUCUUCCAGACCUGCGAUGUGGAGGGCAAAGGCUACAUUACCCGCACCGAUAUGAGGAGGCUCCACAGAGAGCUGCCUCUGUCUGCGGAGGAGCUGGAGGACGUGUUUGACUCUCUGGAUACAGACGCCGCUGGUUACCUCACGCUGGAGGCAUUCUCCUCUGGAUUCAGUCAGUUCCUGCAUGGGCGGAGGAUCUCUGUGACCGAUGACCAAAAUCAGGUCCCUGGCCUUGUUGUUAGGGCCAAGGAAGCCCUUUAUCAGAGCCAAUGGGAAGCCAAGCUGUCAGGAGUUGACGAGGAGGAGGGCCACUUCUGUAUGCUGCUGGAGAGCCUGGGGGCCAGUAAUGUCUUUGAGGAUCCAGGGGAAGUGCGCAGUCUCUGGGCCCAACUCAGGCGAGAUGAGCCCCACCUCCUGUCCAAUUUUGAGGAGUUCCUGGCCAGGGUCACCCACCAGAUUAAAGAAGCCCACCAUGAGAGGAAAGAGAUGGAGAGCGCCCUCCAGAGGAAGGCUGCAACACAUGACAGUGAGAUUCGCUAUUUAUACGAAGAGAUGGAGGCGCAGAUUAAAAACGAGAAAGACAGGCUGAUACUGAAGGACUCUGAGCGUCUUCAGUCCCGCAGCCAGGACCUGGAGCACCAACUGUUUUCAAAGGAGAAAGAGCUGGAACUUAUUUUCCAGAAGCAGAAAAGGUUAGAGCUCCAGUGCCUCGAGCUUAACAGUGAGAAGCAGGAGAGCCACGUGGAGAACGUCAAGCUGAAGAUGACCAACGAAGAGCUGUCCCGGGCGCUGCAGAGCACCAGCCAGGACCUGGUGCUGGCCCAGGAUCAGCUGGCCAUGCUGCAGGAGCAGGCCGCCCAGCUGCAACAGGAGAAAGAGAUGGAGAUGUACAGAGUAACUGAGGGACUCCAGAGAGAGAAGCAAAGUCUGAUGAAGCAACUUGAUCUCCUCAGGGAGAUGAACAAACAUUUAAAAGAUGAGCGAGACAUAUACUGCGGCGUACCUCGAAACUCCCUCCGUAAGAAGCAGAAACAGAGAGCGGGGCUCGACAAUGUAUUUGAUGACACCAGCCAACCGGCAAAAAGAGCCUCACUGUUGGUGGAUGGGUCCUAUCAGUCUCUGGAGGCCUUGCCUAUAGAGCACCUUCAAAUCGUGUUUGUUGCUUCCUCCUCCUGUAGUGAGGAUGACACCACCAUCACCGGCCCCUCCUCCUCCACCACUAACGUUAGCGCCCCCACAUGUCAACAACGCCCUACAGCAAGGAAAAACUCUGGCUUAGCCAACGGUCACACCAAGCCCGCUCCAACUAAAGUGCACGAUGUGAAGGCGAAGGCCAAAAAGUCCCCCGGCAAGAUGGCCGCCACUAAGCGGGUGACUGGAAAGGAAAGAGAAAGAGCGAAGAAAGUGGAACUCGAGAAAAAGAUCGGAAUGGAAGAGGAUGCCUUGGACGCCCCUCCGGACGGAUGGCCCCUCCGUCGUGUCAUCUCCAUCGAGGAGGACCACCUGCCCCACCUGCUCCAAGGAGGGCCUCACUUUCUGCUGCACCAGCUCAGUGAGGAGGAAGACGAGGUGAACGAUGAGGAGGAAGAGGAAGCUCAGAGUGACGUUGAAAGAACAACUCCACCUUCUAGUCACGUUCCUGUGUCAACAGAAGCCCCUCCGGCAAGGAAUUCCCGCUUUACCCGCUCUAAAAAGAUGCCCAUGUCUCCAAGAGGACAGCCGGUCGGGAAGGAGACGCAGCAAACAAAAGAAGGAGCAAUGUUCGCCCCGGACCGUCUGUUUAAAGUGGUCCUGGUAGGCAACUCAAGUGUAGGCAAGACAUCCCUGCUACGCUCCUUCUGUGAGGGCCGUUUCCACCCCUCCACAACUGCUACUGUGGGUAUUGACUACAGUGUGAAGACACUAACCCUGGACAAUAUGCAGGUAGCCAUGCAGCUUUGGGACACAGCCGGACAAGAGAGGUACCGCAGCAUAACCAAGCAGUUCUUUCGCAAAGCAGACGGUGUGGUUGUGAUGUACGACGUCACAGUGGGGGAGAGCUUUAAAGCCGUGCAACCCUGGCUCACCAAUGUCCAGGAAGCAGCCGGAGAAGGGAUCCCCAUCCUCCUUCUGGGCAACAAAAUGGACAUGGAUGGAGACAGGGAGGUGUCAUUUAAAGAAGCCGAGCAACUGGCUUAUGAAAACAAGGUGAUGUUCUUUGAGGUCAGUGCCUACACUGCCAAGAAUGUGACCGAGUCCCUGACACAACUGGCCAGAGUGCUAAUGGAGCAGGAGGACAGGGUGAGAGACACAACAGUCAUAUUAAGUGCUCAGCCCAUAAGGAAGAAAGCCUGCUGCAAGUAACAUGUAUACUCAAUUUACCUAGUUCUAGAUUUUGCAGUGUUUAAAGAUGGCAAUUAAUUAAUUCUUGGGACUUGAUCAUAGAAUGUGUCUUUUACCAAGUGGUCUUCACUUUGGCCCAGAAUGUUUAAGUGGUCACGAAGGGCUGUGUCACCCAACAUAAAACCUACAGUCAAGUCAGUCAAGUUUCAAUGAUGAAGCUCAGAGAAAGAGUUUUUCUAAAGUAAAAAUAAAGUGCUGCACAAUUUCCUGUGAAAAAUGUGUUGCCAAAUCCUAUUAGUGCAGACUAUAUAGAACCGUAUCCUGUGUGAUAAUUACUUUCGAUAAUCUUUACCCAAAAGAGAAAUCAUAAAUACACUGUAGCUUUGUCAUAACUGAAUGAUAGCUUUUUGUCUUAAUUUAUCUUGUCUUGGUGUUAAUUUAGUUAUAUUUAAUGUUGAAUCUAAAAAUAAACUAAAUUAUUUGGACUUCACUGAAAUAACGGUUUAGUUAAAAAAAAGAGAGACAAAUCUGAUUCUUUGACAUUUUUUUCAUUACCGUGUUCAUCUUUUUUUUCAUAUUCUUAAUUUGUCCAAUCAAAACAAAGUGGUACAUUACAUAUUGCAUCUGUGUUUGUUACUGUUCUAAAGGCAUUUUUCUGUUUUAUUCUGGCACCAAAUGCAUUUAUUCUGACUUAUCCUCUAUUAAAGAAAUUACAAUUCAC